AUGUCCGAUUCCCAGUCACCAGAUCCGAUUGCGUCAUCUAAUGGCAAGCCCGAUACGGGCUACGUUGCCGGUGAUGAUACAUGGACCCAGUUCCGCAACAUCUAUCGUAUUCUGACCGGCAAGAUGUCCUCCGAGGGAAUUGAACAGUUCCGCGUUGCGCGAGAUCUUCGAAAUGAGGCUGAUGAUUGCAAACGCUGCGAUGAGCAGCGCGACUUCCUCCUGCAGUACAGUCCCGUCAUUCGCUACCUCAGCGAUAAUAUCAAGCAACUAGGAGGCGAUCUUCACAGUCAUAAUAUCUACUGUCGUCGGUGUACAAAUAGGAAAGCAGGUGGCUUUGAUCCCGAGUAUGGCAUCUUGCUCUGUGCCAAUGAAAUGAAGGAUCAAGGACAUUUGGAGGAUACACUGGCCCAUGAGAUGGUCCACGCUUAUGACCACCUGCGGUUCAAAGUGAAUUGGACAGAUAAUUUACGACAUGCUGCCUGUACAGAGAUUCGAGCAAGUUCUCUGAGCGGCGAAUGCAGAUGGUCGCGAGAGUUCUUCCGAAGAGGCCAAUGGAAGUUCACUGAGCAACAUCAAGAGUGUGUCCGGCGAAGAGCAAUUCUUUCCGUGAGGGCACGACCGACCUGCCGGGACGAGGCCCACGCAAAGCAAGUGGUCGAUGAGGUCUGGGGUAGUUGUUUCCGAGACACGAGACCCUUUGAUGAGAUUUAUCGAUGA